UAGUCUCAAAAAAUCAAAAUUCAAAAUUCGUUAAAAAUUUUUGUUCCCUUCAUUUACAUAUUUUAAGUUUAAAAACCUUUUGUUAAAACAAAGCCAACAAAUGACAUGCCGUGAUGUCACACGCGCGUAACAUAAACACGUCGUCAUUAAAAAAUAAAAAAAAAACAAAAAAAUUCGAAAAACUCAAUUUUAUAAAUAAAAAAACAAUGUUUUCUGUGUAAACGCAACGACAAAGUUAACGAAAAGUGUAAAAAAAACUUAACUAUAAAAAAAAUUCUGCUAAUGUUUGAAUAAACUGUUAAAUAACAUUAACAGUCAACACUUAUCAAUUCGAUACAUAAAACUUGAGAGGCAAGUUUCAUAAGAGAAAGAGAAAAUUUAAACUCAGACAGCAGUCAAAGAGAAGAUUAUAACUGAUCGUUAGACGUAGAGUGUGUUAAUUACCGUAUUAUGUGUAACUUUUAAUAUAUUUUUCAAAAAAAAAAGUAAGAUUUCAAGAAGAGGCUGUGUCGAAGAAGUGAACCAAUAUAAAAAAUAGAGAACUAAGCCAAGAGAAAAAGAUUUUAUACGACCGUUAUCCUUUUCUUUCGAAUACAAUGUAACUGCGUUAAAUAUUUUUUAUUAUACUUGCAAUGAAAUUAACUCUCCAAUAAUAUAAACCUCUUCUCUGACUCACUAUGCAUGUGUUGACUGCUUAUUAUCCUCGAGAAUGUCGUCAUAUGGCUGAUAUAUUUUACGGUUUCAUGAAAACUGCGUACCAGCAAAAUAUACAUUGCGACGGAUAAAAAGCUUAUCACAUUUAUUUCGGCAAUUGCCGAUAUCAUGCAAAUGUAGUGUAGCUAUUUAUGGCUACUUUUACUAGUGAAAUGCCAUCCUUACCUACGGCGGAAGUAUUAGCUGAUGCCACUACUGUCACUCCGUCAAACAGCGGCGGCAUUGAUGCCAAUACGUCUGGUACCGCAGAUACCAGUAGCGCCUCAACCGUCACGCCCAAUUAUUCAACUACCUCAAAUACAAUAUCAGCCGCAGCUGAUUCCAGUGACAAUCAAUCUGAAACACCGCAACCUCAAGGAAGAAUUACUGAAAGUCAACAGGAGCAACAACAAACAACUACUCAUCAUUCAUAUGCUCCCAAUCAUGUAUAUGCAGCCGCUGCAAAUUAUUCGACGGGUGGUGGCAUUUAUGCUUCUUCUACUUCGCAUAUGGAUUUAGUUUCAGCUAAUCAUCUAGGCCAGCAACAACAGCAACAUUCCAAUUAUUCAUCUUCCUAUUUAAACAGCUACGAACAGUUUUAUCAGCAACAACAACAACAACAGCAAUCGGAUAAUUAUAAUAAUCCUUCUUCCAGUCACUUAACAUACGCUAGCAAUGACUAUAAACAAGCAGGCGGAAUACGUUUUCAUCCCUAUCUUCAAACACCCAUCUCUGGUGGGCAAAUAACGUCAGCAUCUUCGGACAACAAUAGCAAUAACAAUUUAAAUUCUAGCCAACCUUCAGUAGUUGCAACGAGUGCCAUAAGUCCUCGGGUAGUAAGUUCCACUAGUCCCUCAUCAUCCAGUAAUGCUGUAAUACUUAUAAGCGGUGGUGCCAACAAUAUAAGAAGUUUGAGUACGGGCAAUUCAACUUCUCCUUCAAUUACCACGUCUACAUGUAAAAAAUGUGGUUUAGUGUGUGCCUCUGAGCCCGAUUUGCAGGAGCACAUAACCAAUAUGCAUGCCAUUUCACCAUAUCAAAGCGGCAAUUUUGCGAGUUCCACUUAUGUCAAAGAAGAAUUGCAGCAGCAAGCUACAUCCGCUAAGCCGAUCAACGUCUCAUCAACUCCAACAGCUCAAUCGGGCAGCGGCCAAACUAAUCCUAGUGAUAUUUUAGACCUUGACUCGCAAAAAAUGCUGUAUCCACCUGCCCCCGAUGCAAUGCAAACUGUAAUGCAACAACAUCCGACUGCAUCUCGCGAUCCUUUGCAAUCAAUGCAUAACAUGCAACAAAGAGCUGGAAUUGCACAGUGGCAUCAACAAAACAGUGAAGGUCUACCAGCUUAUAUACAAUCUCUACCUCAACCAAGCAACGAUAAAGUUUUAAGUAGCCAUCAUUCCACGUACUACCAAAAUACUAAACAAACCCCUUACGGUAGCAAUAGUGAUAUCAAAUCUGAAUUCUCACAACAACCCGAAACUCAAGGUUAUCCAACGGAUAAGUCUUUCGAUUCUAACUCAACAGCUGCAACGAAUAAUGAGAAAUCAAUCGCGAACCAUCCUACAUAUUAUCAAGCCGCUAAGCAAUCUUCGUAUGGUGGAAGUGUUAUAAAAAAUGAAUAUGCUCAAACCAAUCCUGCUUAUGUGGACGAUAAAUCAUUCGAUCUCAGUGCUACGAGAACGCAACAAAUUCUAACUCCCGCCUGUGGUAAUGCUGUAAUUAAAACCGAAUAUAGUCCUGUAAUUAAAACCGAAUAUCAAUCAGCUGAUACUCAAAGCUAUAUGACUGAUAAGUCUUUUGAUGUUGCUUUACCGUCCAGUCCUGCAGAAUUUCCUUCAACAACCACAGGGGGAUCUCAAGAACUUCAACAACCGACUUCACAGCAGCAGCAACAGCAAAGUGCACAACAAUUUCGCUCAGGCAAUUUUGAACCGCCAAGUUCAAGUUCAGUGCUUCCUUCUAAUAAUCUUGGGGCAAAAGCCUCCAACUGGAAAUCAAAUGAAGCUCGCCGUCCAAAAACUUACAAUUGCACAGCUUGCAAUAAAUGGUUUACUAGUUCAGGUCAUCUCAAACGUCACUAUAAUACAACUUUACAUAAAAAUGCCGUCAAAUCUAGCGGCUUGCCGGAUCCAGCUACACUACCUAUGUCUGCUCAUCAUCAUCCAGCACGUGAUCAUAGUGGGAAAAUAAGUCGUGGACGAGGCGGUAAUGGAGCAGUAACACAACAACAGCAACCUCCUGCACCAGUUCAACCACCUGAUCCACCGAAUAGUCCGCAUGACUACGGUGACGGUGUCAGAGUUAGUGGAGCGCAAACAGCACGUUCGACUCAUUAUGCUGCCACACCUUCACCAACCAACGUAACUCAACAGUCUAGCAACUUUGGAACGCAAUCAUAUCAACACACCCAAUUUUUGCAGCAAGCUCAGUCAACAGCAAAUGUUUCAAUAGCAACGAGUCCUUUUCAGCAACAACAAACCCCUAUGAACGGUCACCCAAACGCGUUAGCAGGCCUCUCCGUCCCCACGAUACAGAUGCCGUCCUCCCAAAUGAGGGGCCUGCUGAACGCCAGAAUAACAGUAAACAAUUCAGUAAAGAAAGAGCUCAUGGAAGCGGAGGCGGCAAUGGAGGAGAGGGAUCAGAAACCGGACGUGACACGGCAGGAACAAGCAAUAAUCCAAAGGGAUCCUCAAAUGGCAGUGGAAGUGGAACAUCACAACGUUUGCAUGGUAAUACACGAGGAAAUACAGCAGUCGGUUACGAAGGUGGAACAGCAACAAGAACCAGCAGAACAAGCAGCAACGGCAGUGGAUCUCAAUGCGGGACACCACCAAGCAGUUAUAUCUCCAGUGGAGGACCAACAGCACACGCAUGUAACACAAGUACCGGAGGGCUUUCCCACACAACAAUCGUUGGAAACAGUCAUGGAUCGUCAUUACCUCAACACAACCUCCAGCAACAACAACCUACAAGCUCACUCACCGCUUACUAUCUUCCACCAACAAUACCCGGAACAGCUACUUCAGCAGGAGCAGCUCAUGGAGGACAACAUUUUUUCACACACACGAAUCAUGUCGCCGCAGCAGCCGCAGCACAAUAUAAUGGAAGCGCAGCCUUACAACAUCAUGCGUAUGGCUAUCAACCAUAUGCAGCAGCAGCAGCAGCCGGAUAUUACCAUUCCCACCACCAGUACGGGCAAUAUGCCGGCCAACCAACGCGGCCACCACACCCAGUUGCUGCCUAUGGAUCUGCAACUGCUGGUCAGUAUGCCACUUCCGCUGGACAAAGUCAUCAAUACCAAUAUCCCGCAACAGCUGCCGCACACCACGUCCAACAGCAACAUCAUCCCCUCAUUUCAACAGCUGCAACAGGCGUCCUCGGUCCAGGAACCUCAGCUGGACCCCAUACGGAAUUAUCACCACCCUAUUAUUGGUAACAAUGGCCUGCUGAACGCAAUUCCUGCAAACACUGAAAUCGUUCAUUUUGAUGAUUAUGGAGAUUGUCAUCAGCAAAUUGUAACUACCAACGAUGGCCAAAUAUUUCAUUUGAUUCAGUAUGCUCAAGCCCCCCAUAAUUCUUAUGUAACACAAGGGUCUCCACAAGAGGGUGAUUUGCCACCAUCAUCCACCAUACAUUGUGCCCAAGAGAAGACAAGCACUUUUAUUGUCGCUUCGCCACCUGAACAAUUGCCGAUUUCAAAUAAUCAAGUUAUGUUAGAAAACAACGUUAACAUGAAUUAUGAGAAUGAAGAGAACUUACGGCCAGCGUAUGGCGUCGAUAUUGUUUCAAACGCAAAAACCGCCAACAAAAUACCAAAAUCUUCUAAUGGGAAAGUUAGAAAAAAGCUUAGCUCGCCUAACAAAGAAACCGUAAUCUUAAAUAGUACGUUGUUGCCUAAUGGUCGUAUCAAAUGCUUGGAUUGCGGCAAGGAUUUCGCUAAAAUCUGCUAUUUAACGCAGCACCACAAAAGUUCUCAUUUCGAUUGCCGGAUCGUAUCGUAAUCAAAUCAAAUGUGGAAGCUUUUAAGUGACACAAAAGGCAAUGAAAGAACCGAAAGUAAAUUAUAUUAAAACAAACAAUAAAACAUUUAUUUAUACGCACAAAAGGAAAAGCAAAAGUAUGUUCCAUAAAUGUUCAAAAACAUUAUGCCAUACCUGCGAUUGUAACGUUCCGGUUUUUUUUUCGCAUUUUCAAUAAAUGAUAUGAAAACGAUUGUAUCUCACUCCCCUUUUCAUCUAGUCCUAGUUCAGUGUUUCACCAUGUCACACCAUCCUAUUACACAGUCCUUUUUUACUUUAAUC